ACUUGUCGGUAUCUGACACUAUCAACUGCUCAUCAGCCAUCAUCCGAGGCAUCAACACCAUAGCGGUCCUUAUUCACCAUUUACGUUAAAUAAAUUCACACGAAAUCGAUGCUCAGCAACAGUGGCGACAGAGGAGAGGUGGGGAAUGUUCCGGGGAAUAUUCCGCGACUACGCAGUUGCACGUACUGUCGUGGCCGAAAGGCAAAGUGCGACCGACAGCAGCCAUGCUCCAGUUGCUUGCGAGCUGGCCAGCCCUCUGAAUGCACUUUUCCGGCUGGUAAGGGCCGCAGUGCAAAGCGACUUGGUCGUGCUAACGGCAAGGAACUGAUUGAGUCCUUGUCACGACUCGAGGGCCUUAUGCGACGCUUGGAGAAUCAGGGCAUUGUGACGCCUAGUCUUGAUCGCGACACGUCUUCACCAACCGAACAGGGUAUACCGCUGCGUCAGGAUACAGUACCAUUCGUUGCUGAAUUAAACCAUACGAGUGAAACCAGUGACUUGACUACGCUUGAUCAGCAUCUUGGGAGGCUGGUCAUUGACGAAACGAGAAGCUAUUAUAUCAGCAACAUUCUAUGGGCAAACCUAAGUAGCGAGAUCGAAGAGCUGCAUAAUAUGCUGGCUGAACCUGAGCCCCAAGGCGAGAGUUACAAAACCGGAGGUUCCACUGGCAUACUAGGCCCAAACGCCGCAAUCUUUGGCUUUCGAGCCUUGACAUAUUCACUGGAGUCCUUCCAUUUGCCCCUGUCUCAGUCCGUCGCACUUCUUCGUAUAUUUACCGACAACGUAUUGCCGUUGGUCCAUAUUUUCCACAUGCCGACUACGAAUCAUAUCUACUGGGACGCCAUUGCAUCGUUGGAUACCGUGGACAGAAACACCGAGGCCUUGGUGUUCUCUAUCUAUUACUCCGCGUUUAUCAGCAUUGAUCAGGAAGUUUGCGUCGCGCUCUUCAAUACUACUCGCAAAGCGUUGUUAGCUAAAUACCGGUUUGCAGUUGAGCAGGCUAUAGCUCGUGCCAACCUACUAAAUACUCAGAGUAUCAUUCUCCUCCAAGCGGUUGUGUUGUAUCUCUCAGUUCUCCGCCACGAAGACGACAGCCGGACGGCCUGGUCCCUGACUUCUCUGGUUUUCCAUAUAGCACAAUCUAUGGGUUUACAUCGCGAUGGGAUGGCCUUCGGAUUGAGGCCACUGGAAAUAGAGCUACGUAGGCGACUGUGGUACCAGAUCUGCCUCCUUGAUAACCAGUCCUCUGAGUACCACGGCUACGAGACCAUCGUGCACGAGUUUGUAUUCGAUACACGAUUACCUUUACACAUAAACGAUCUCGAUUUGACACCGGAAAUGACAAAAGCUCCUCCAGAAAGGGAUGAGGCGUGCGAGAUGACAUUUAGCCUCAUCCGUUGCGAGGCCGACCGUAUCACCAGAAAGAUCCAUCACAUGCCGCCGUCAGCUCGCUUUCCAGGGCGGCCAGUCGACACGAUCAGCCUAGAGGAUAAACGAGCUCUCGUAGAAGAGCUGCGGAGUAGCUUGCAGCUCUACUUGCGGCACUGUGAUGCAAAUGUCCCAUUCCAAACACUGAGCUCCACCGUUGCCCGGCUGAUCAUAGCACGAUCGUGGCUCGUUAUACAUUUUCCCUUGGGCCGUAGCAGCCCAGCUGCUGUUGAUACCGAUCUACGUGAUCAACUCUUCUCAACCAGUAUUGAGGUCCUCGAGCUGUCCUACCUUCUCCUCACAGACAGGAAUCUCGCACGAUGGACCUGGCAUUCCAAGUCGCACGUUCAGUGGCACGCUAUUGCGCUCGUUCUGUCUGAGAUUUCGUCACGGCCUCCAAGCCCUCUCUGCGAUCGUGCGUGGCAAUGCGUAUGUACGGUUUAUGAUGAAUUUAACCUAAAGGAUGGCGAGAACGUAGGCACUUUAUCACGACCUAUCAAACGCUUGAUGGCGAAGGCACGAUAUGUCCGCGAGGUACAGAACCUGAACCCAAGGAAAGCCGAGGGACUCAACAUCAGUUCCCCUGGUGACAUUAUCUUCAUGCAGCCAGCCAUAGAUUCUAACCUUCCAAGUUCGCUAAAUUUUAGCUCAAUGGUAGUCACUACAGGUACAGAUGAAUCAGGAAUGAUGGACACUGUCAACAUUAAAACCCCGUCAGGCAUGGGCUUCUUGGGUCCAUUUCCAGAGCUCUUCUUGCCUGGUUGGGAGGCGGAUUUGUUUGAUAUACCGCAGGAGAACAAUCUAGGUAUUCCAUCGCCCAGCGCAUCCAAUUGGAUGUAGGCUUAAAUGUUCUUCUAAGAUAUUACUCGCUUUGUUAGUAGGGUAAUUUACUUAUCUUAUUC